AUGACUCUCAACUGGAAAAUCAGAGGCACAAUUACUUAUGCUAGCAUUGCCCUUGAUGGAUUACUCUUCUUUUUGCUUCUUGGUCUCACGGUUGCGACUUGGGUGCUCCAUCGACAACGACGGUUCAACCUUGAUGUUUUGCCAACAAAGACAUUGAUCGGGUCCCUGGUGGCAUGGGCUCUGGCUGAAUGUUUCUGGGCUGUUUCUUUGGCAUUUGGGUACUUGUUAUUGCCAUCAGAAUUCUUCUACGACCUCGGCAUAACCGUUCUAUUCUACGUAUUCUAUGCCCUGCUUCACGGCCUCGUUGAGGUUACCACAGGCACAAAGAAUGGGUAUCCAAAAACCAAACUAUUCCAUUGGGGAUUGGUGGGUAUAAUUGCGGUCGCAGGCAUAGUCGAAUGGGUCCUCUACGUGAUGACCGUGGUCUACGCAUCGAAUUUCGAAUUCUGGUCAAUGGUCUGGAAAAUAACAGAUACAGCCUCAAUGAUAAUCCGAUGGCUCGUUUCCUGGGAAAUUCUGGCGUGGUCGAUCGUCUUGGUCAUCAAAACUGUGAAAUUGAGAGCAGACGUGAUGGUACCUUCACUAUUAUACGCGGUCGCAUGCGUGUUCUUCUGCGUUAAUUGGUUUACCUGGACAUGUUUUGAUAUUGUGUCCUACGUCGUACUGCAGUACACGAUGUCAAACACCGGUGUCAAUGCCAUCCGUAUCGUUCAGGUCAUCAUGUGCGCUUGCUGGUACCCUUCUAUUCUCAUAUGCUGCCUGAGGUGGGGGAUGAUCCAUCGGGGUUUGGUCGACCGAGAGUUGAUCAACGAAGUAAAAUGGCCCAGUUCUGGUGCCGUUGAGGCGGACAGUGGGAUACCAACAAUGGAGGUUGAUUCAAAGCCCAUUGUGGAAGUGGACUCGUCCAAUCAUAUUGUGGAGGCGGCUGAAUCAAGACCUGUUGCUGAAUUAGACUCGCGUCCUGUCCCCGAUAGAACCCUUAACGUAUGA